ACCAUCCAAUCCCCAGCUAAAACCGUUCCCUUGGCAACCAGUAAACUCUCCGCGGCCUAGCGAGCGCGGGCGCUGGGAGAAGCCUGCCUGGAGCCGACUCCUCUAUUGAGACACCCCCCCAAACGGAGCCCCACCCCGACCUUCCCCCAGCAUGAACGGCCGGGCUAGCUUGAGCGGCAAGCCCUACAGCGCGGGGGUGCGCCUCGCCAACUGGAACGAGGACACGUACUUAGAGGAGGACCUCUUGAAAGAUUUUUUGUAUAAAAGAGAAAAAGGAGAACUUCUGAUACAGAAAUCAAAGAGACUUAAAAAUAAUCUUUUAAAGCAGAUGCAACUAUCAGUUUCGAAAGAUGGAUUUGUUCACUUUGGAGACACUGUGAUGCUUUUGAGCCCUGAAAACAAUAAAUCACCUAUGGAGAAUUACCCUGCAGUGCCUGGCAAUCUAACUUUGGCUGUUACUCCAGAUGAUAUAACAGUACAUUUAUCUGAGUCAUUGCAAGUCCCCUGUGGAGUGAGUGCAGUGAAAAGUGUGAACCCUGUUGGUCGAAAUGCAUUUCGUAUCCUAAGUGUUGAAGGAAAUUCUAUGGGUGAACCCAUUAGAUUUGGGCAGAAUUUUGGUCUUGGGGCAACCGGCGGUUUUACCGAUCAAAUGUUAUAUCUUGCAAGUGACCAUAAAUCAUUUAUGAGAUUUGCUAAAAAAUCAUACCUUCAGCAAGUGUUUUUGACAGAUGAGCUCUCCUAUCUGACUUGCUGGCAAGCUACCUUUUUGGAUCCACAGCUGCGUCUUGAAUAUGAAGGAUUUCCAGUUCCUGCAAACACUAAAGUCCUUAUCACUCAUUGCCAUACAAAUCGGGGUUUAGCAGUUCCUAGGAACUAUUGGAUAAGGUCAUACUUUGGAAAGGAAUAUGAAGUCAUCUGUCACACCUAUCUGGAUUCCCAUAAAGCUGAAGAAGAUAAGAAUUACUGGAUAAUAGUAACUGCGAAUCCCAGUGAUGAUGGAAAUACUAUGUUUGACAGACCUAAGCCUCCCUCAGAGGAGACCAGAGAGAGAGAGAGAGAAGAAUGAACUUUAUGCAGGAACAUAGAAUGUAAUAGUCCAAGGUCAAAAACUUUCAUUUUAUUUAUGCUUUUACAAAAUGAAAAUUCUAAUUUUGAUGAUGAUAAUUAGAGCUUUGAGUGCACUUCACACUUUCUCUAUUCACAUUUAUUUUUAAUCCUAGAUUCAUUUAUUUUAUAAGUAGUUAUGAAAAUCUGCCACUAAUUACACUGGGAAACCUCAUUGAAGUCAGUGGGGUUUCACUUAAAUGUAACUGAGGACAGAAUUUGGUCAAUAAAAUUGGUGAUCCAUGUACAAGCUCAGCUCUAGGAGUUUUCU